AUGGUUGUGUCUUACUUUAAGGUAUACGUGGCUUGUCAGUCGAUGCUCGUUGUGCUUGUGGGAGCUGUGCCUGAGUAUCAUAUAGACCAAGAAGGAAUUCCAGCGAGCAGAGCUGAGCUUGCCAAGCACAUCCAUUUUGCAGACAACUUCACAUCUAUAGUAACUGAGUGGUACCUAAUUGAACGAGAAGCCUACAAAGUGAGCCUUGCAUCAUCCCUAUUUUUUGCUGGAUUGCUUAUUGGAAAUAUCACAUUUGGCCCUUUGUCAGAUAAACUGGGCAGGAAACCAGUGUAUAUCUCAGGUCUAUUUUUUGAUGUCGUUUUUGGGUAUGUCACAGCAUUAGCUCCAAAUUAUGACGUAUUUGCAGUUUCACGGUUUUUUGUUGGAAUUGUGAAUGGUGGAAUGGCUCUUGUGUCUUUUGUCCUAACCCAAGAAUAUGUAGGAAAAUCAUUUUGGUCAUUUACAGGUUCGUUAACUAAUUUGACAUUUGCAGUUGGCAUUGCUGUUUAUGCUUUACUGGGUUACUGUAUAAGAGAAUGGCGCUACCUUGCCUUGGUAUCGAAUACUCUAGGAGUCAUCUUCCUUCUUCUUUCUUUUAUGCUCCCAGAAUCACCACGAUGGCUAUAUUCCCAAGGGAAAACAGCAGAAGCUGAAGAUGUGUUGCAAUAUAUUGCCCUUGGUAAUGGAAAAGAGAGAUUAAAUCUAAAAUUAAAACCAAGUGCAGGAACUUUCAGAAAGGAUGAAUCGGCACCUGGUAUCCUAAACUUGGUAAAACAUCCAGUCCUUCGGUGGCGAACCAUCAUACUGAUGUACAUCUGGUAUGUCUGCAGCUUUGUGUACUAUGGACUAACUUUAAAUGCUGGUGAAUUAAGAGGAAAUCUGUAUUUAAAUGUGGCUCUUUCUGGUCUUGUAGAAGUUCCAGCAUUUCCUCUCUGCAUGUUUUUUAUUGAGAAAUCCUGGUCUGGAAGACGUAAAACUAUGACGUGUUUUCUGAUAUUUGCAGGAUUUGCCUGUGUAUUUACCAUGUUCUUACCAACAAAUGCUGGUCUGCUCCUCAGUCCCACUUUGUUGGCUUUGUGUGGAAAAAUGAUGGUCAGCGCCGCUUUCAACAUUGUGUAUAUUUAUACAUCUGAACUAUACCCAACGGUACUGAGAAAUGCUGGCUUGGGUGUCUGUUCCAUGUCUUGCAGAUUUGGGGGCGUUUUGGCUCCAUUUGUGCCAUCUAUGAAAUCUCUUAGUCCUUCUGUACCAUUCGUGGUGUUUGGAGUCAGUGGACUGUCAGCGGGAUUCCUGACUCUCCUUCUGCCAGAAACACUAAAUAAGCCAAUUGCUGAGAGCAUUGAAGAUCUCCAGAGUCCCAAAUACCAAGUGCUUAAAAACGAAGAGGCAGGGUAA